CCUUGGAUUGAUAAUUCACUGUUCACGUUUUGUUCUGUCAGUUGAAAUAAGGCUAAUUUUAAUAUUUAACAUUAUUAGUUGUUUCCUCAAAUUAUCCCAUUUUUUGGAUAUCAGAAUUGAAAAAACUUAAACCUAUAUUGUGUUGACGCUUCUCGUAUUAGUAUUGGAGUCUUACUGGACUGAAAACAAUAGAACUGCAGCCAGAAAAAACAGGUUCAUUGUAGAGCAAAACUCGUCCUGCUUUGAAAAGGAGCCCUAUGUGGUACUGAAGGAGUGUGAACCCUGUUCAGCCUUUGAAUUGCGCAGCAAGAGUCUCGGUGUCUGCAUCCAUACUCAGUACAUAGAGAUAUUGAGGUGUGCAAAUGGGAAAACUGUAACUAGAAGUUGUGACAAAGCUGCAUUUUAUGAUGAACAGACUUUCUGGAUUUUUGAGGGCUUGAUGUUAGUUUUGAGCCUCAUUUCCACCUUAUGUGUAAAGGCUAGAAAGCGGGUGUUGAGUAAGAGAAUGAUACAGAGAGUGCAACGGCAAUUAGCUAACUGCGUAUAACAAUGUAUGAAUUAUAUAUUAACGUUUGUAUGGAAGAUGGACAAUAUCUAGUAGACAUCAAAACGUUCCUAGUUUUAACGAUUUACAAACUAUCAGAGGCAUGUGAUUUAAGGCUUAAAGUUAAAAAUAUUUCCCACAUUAACGGCAGUGUCUUGGCUUGCAAUUUUGAAGAUCUGGAUUUCGAUCUUGUUCAUGAAGCGCCGGAACUGGCUCAGCUGUGCACUUGGCCAGUAAUACUUCUCGAAAAUUACGUAAUCUCAGGACUAUGUUCUGUGGCCAGACAAAUCUGCAGAACCAGUGAAAAGCAGACUGUGCAAAAACUACUUGGAUUUCGAGGAGCUUGCCUAGUCACAUGUGCUGAAAGCUCAGUUUGGACACAGUUUUGUGAAAUUGACAUCACUUGCACUAUUAACAAAGUUUUAUCUCACCAAUUUCUACAAGAAGGGCACUUUAAUUUGCCGGGUGAUAUUGUCAAAUAUGAGAACCACUUGUCGUAGCCAGUGAGAAUUCACAAUAUUUACAAAAUAGCCCGAAACAAUCUCAAUGACCAGAGUCUAAUAAGCACGAAAUCCCGUGCAGAUAUUAAUGUGUUGCAUGACUAUGCUGAAGGACCGUAUUUCACUCUGGCUGAUUUCAUUCUAUACCCUUGUUUCCAAGUUUUCUUCAAAUAUUGCCAAUAUUUAGCCGUUGAACCGCAAAUACCUCUUAUUAAUGCCUGGUUUGAUAAAGUACAGCAGCAUAAUUUUCCCGGUGUUAGCUUUCAAUUAAGCAACCUUGAAACAAAACAAAGUUGUAAAAAGAAAGUUAUUGUACCUGAAAUACCUAACGUGAGCUUGUAUACAGCAGAUCCUACCAGGGCACUUUCUGGCAAUCAUACUAACCAGAAUAAAAUUGAGGCUGCUCUUAGUUUGAUAGAUACUUAUAAAGCAGAUAUUGCCAAUAAUGUUUUGCCUUUUGGUUUUUAUAAAUCCUUCGAUUGGUAUAGCAUACCAUUGGGUGCAAAUCCACAAGGUGGGGCGUUGCCGGCUAAAAGAGCUGCCAGGAAAUGCGAGCAGCUAGAAAACCUAGUAAAAGCAACUUUGGAAGCAGUUGGAGAUAAAACAUGUCGAAUUGUGGAUUUCUGUAGUGGAAGUGGUCAUUUAGGCAUACUAAUCGCUUUGGCUUUGCCUAAGUGCAAAGUUAUAUUAGUGGAAAACAAGGAAAUGUCACUUGCAAGAGCUAAAGCCACAAUUGCAAAACUCCACAUCAACAACGUUAUUAUUGUGCAGUCGAAUCUCGACUAUUUCACGGGAACUUUUGAUCUAGGCCUUGCCCUACAUGCAUGUGGGGUGGCUACCGAUCUGGUACUUGAAAUGUGUAUAAAAAACCACGCAGAUUUCGUUUGUUGUCCUUGCUGCUACGGUGGGAUUAAAGAUUGCCAUGAAGUCUCAUAUCCAAGGAGCGCGAAAUUUCAAGCAAUUUUCCGAAAUUCCGAAAGCAACUAUUUCAAUUUGGCACAUGCAGCAGAUCAAACACAUAACAAGGAAAACAGUAAAACCACUCAGGGUUAUUUCUGUAUGGAUGUUAUCGAUUCUGAUAGACGAUGCUAUGCGGAAGAUAGCGGUUAUACAGUGCAUUUGGGCAAGUUGCAACCUGAGACUUGUACUAAUAAGAAUAACCUGUUGGUUGGAAUUUAUAAAGCUGGUUUGAGGUGAUGUUAUGGGAUUUUAGCAUUUUAUUCUAAUGAAUUUUCAUUAUGAUAUAUAACUUGUUUUCUUGCAUAUCGCCAGAAAAAAUAAUUCUUGACAAAUUGCUGGGUAAAGAACAUGUUAAUAAAGAAGUUUUGUUGUAGUUUGCUCCGAUUCUAAAUCUAUUUUGUCGUAAAAAGCGCAAAAAAAUACUCUUACUUAAUGAAUUGGUAAGAGAUAUUUCAUCAGUAUGUCGUUAAAUUGUUAAUAUUUUUUAUGGGUAAAUAUGGUUGUGGAUGUAAAUAUGGAUAUGUGUAAAAUAAGUUGUGGAUUUUAAUUAAUAACUUUCAGACCGCCUGUGGAGGCCUUCAAUUCCGCUGCAUAUACUAGCAACAUAUUUAUUUUAAUUUGUAAUUAAACAAUCAGGAGUAAA